UAAUAAUAACUUGGUUUGAUUGUAUUUUUACUGAUGAGGAUGUUUUUUAAAAUUACAUUCGACAAACGGGAAUUUCCAGCUUGCGUUCGUUUCUAAUUACUGCACUGAUCCAAUUGUUAUUCAAAUGUCAUUUCGCUUUUACUCAGCUUUUCAUUACUUUUUGCAAUUUAAAAACAUAGAAUUUAUGUUAAUCAACGACUCGACAAUGUAGCAUGCUGAUUCAAACAGAGUCAAGAGCGAGCCAACUUACUUUUGAAAUAAAAGCGUGAAAUACAAUCUCUUCUGUUUAUUUUUUUAUAAACAUUUGCAGAAACAUUUCACAUUCGAUAUUUUAAGCUAUACACAUUUGCCAUAUUCGAUAGAUAUAUAAUUUAAAGAGAAAUAAUUUUUUCUACAGUAAAAUUCCUUAUUCCUAUUCUCCGAAAGAUCUCCGUUGAUAUGCGAUUUAUGAAAAAAAUCAAAGAAACAUUGAGCACGAUUAAAAGAUCCCUCUUUCCCAAGGACUGUCGUGAUCACCGCUUUCAGUUACGAAAUUCCAAGAGGUCGCGGAGCGGGAGAUAGGGAGAGGAAGGACGGAGAGGUCGUCGGCACAUCAGAGCACAUGUAACGCCAUCUUGUACAGUCUGGUGCAAGUAUUGCACGAGCCGUCGCGGCAAUCGCUGGCGCAAGUCUGUAGGAAGAGCCUGUAACGGCUGGUGACCGCCGUCGCUGCUUGCUAUUUAUUGUCAGUGAUUAGAAGUAGCACAGUGCAAUACGGGUGUCAUGGCACAGUGGAGGCAGGAGACAAUAUUGAAGCUGAUCGCCGCGUAUCGCGCGAAGCGACUCCUCUGGGAUCACAACGCUCCGGACUACACCGAUCGUAGCAAGAGAAUCCACGCGUGGAACGAGAUCGCCGACGAGAUCGGAUGCGACGUGAUGACGGUCGAGAGGAAAUUGAAGAGCCUGAAGACUCACUUCAUGUCGGUCCAUAAAGCGUACGCGAAACGCAGACUCAAGGCUGAUCUGAAUUCUGGCAGUGUCGUCAAGCCUAAAUGGUUCGCUUACGAGGCCUUGACUUUCCUGAAUAAAGGACGCAUGACGCGAAUCAAUCGCGAAACUCCGAACGUGGAAAAGCAGAACCUCGAACCUGUCUCUAAUUGGAAGCCACAGGAAAUUUCGUCAGAUCGUGACGAAUUCACGGUUUUUGCUGAGCACGUCGCCAUUCGACUGAAGAAAAUAACAGAUAUGCGUGCGAGACUCGUCGCACAGCAUCAGAUAAACAACAUCCUGUUCGAGGCCGAGAUAGGAAAGUAUAACAUGCAGACCUCCUUUAGUGCGAGUAAUACGGAGAUUAUGGAGAAUCUAGACGAACCCUCGACGUCGAAUGAAGAGAAAGUGAUAAUAAUAAAUAACGCUUCCCAUAUGGCCUAAAUCAGAUCUUUCUUCCCAUCACAGGCACGAACGUUACCUUCCGAAAUUUUCAGCGGGUUAUCUGCUUCGCGUUUGUGUUUUUUUUAUAUAUCGCCUGAUUUUACAGCACAUUAUAACAAUAAUGAUCUCUUGUUAUUUGCCACAAAUAACGGUGAGAGAUGAGAACCAUUAAAUGACGCGGCUUUCGAAGUGACAGUGAGAACAUUCGACAUAUCGUCGAAUCUGUCGAUGUAGUCAAACGUGACUAUAUUAUGUGCCUUCGUUUUGCUAGUGUAUCAUAUGCUUUGUCAUUACAAAUCAGGAAAAGUAGCUUUCGACUCGAUUAAUAUACGUUGACGUAUAAAACAUAAUUCAAAAUUCGAUGAUGUCAUGUUUUUAUUUUUUUUAUUAUUAUGAUUACUCUU